AUGCUUGUGCGAACCUCGACUAGUCGUGAGUGCGCAUGCGAGCCCUCCUGCCUCCACAGACUCCAAGGCAGCGGCAGCAUUCACUGAGCUGCGCGCAUUGGUUGCCUAUGCGUGUUCUCCUCCACUGACACAGUGGUGCGCAGCCUACACCUCUGAGAAUAAAUCCAACCUCUGCGUUCGCCGACCAGCACUCUGUCGUCAACCGACUUGCACCCUCUGCCUAUACGUAGGAUCUAGUCGUAACAAAACAUACGCACACAACACGUGGUAAGUAUCAAGGUAUUUUCAUUGCUGUUUAUUGUACAGCAAUAAUAACUAACCCUGGGAGGGUCUACAAUUUUGAUAUUGUAUGCGUCCUUAUGCGACAAUUCCCCAAGCGUAGGCGACGAUAACUAUUUUUGUCAAAUCGUGUUUGUUUGUGCGCUAGAAAUGCAUAAGUAUUUGGGUUUCACUUCUAUUAACGUUCGUAGUUGGACAGUCAGAUGUCUGCGAGAGCGAACGAAGAAAAUAUAGCGCUUUUAACAACUGGUUCGUUUCAGGUUCCAUAAAAUUGUAAAGAUGGCCGUUCAUAUGAGAAAUGACAGUAUGGCGUUGGCAAGCAAAAAGUUGUACUUACGAGCAGCAUCACAUGCACGUAUCCUUUCCCAUACCGUCCGCCAAAAAUGAGACUGCAUUCUGCAUGCUGAUUGGCGUGCUAUUAGCAAGAAGUAACCCAAAAGACAGUUGUAAGGCGGAAACCUUUUUCUUUUACAUACGCUGCUCUGUAGCAGCCAAGUUUCGACGGAUAUUUGCGCGCGACUGACCCGGUGUUGAUUUAUGUGACUUGAUUGCAAAAUGGAACACGUCAGAAACCAGCCUAGGUCCCUUAUUGCCAUUAUCAUAUCGGGGAGCGAUCUUUUGACUAAAGUUUUUAACUAAUCAGGGCGGGAUACCUAAAAGUGUCAGCUCUGCUUUGAUCGCUUUUACUGGUCAGCUUCUACCAAUAAAACCAGGCCUACGCUUAGAUGGCCUCUUAGCACUGUUUGUGAUAGGGAUAUGACUGGCUGGUGAUGACAGAGAAGCUAGAAAAAAUAACUCAUAUGGUAUUCAUUUGCAGUUAAAGUUUAAAUGCGGUCUCCCAUCAUCAUCACAUUGAUGUAAUUUAUGAUUGUAAACAUUACGUGGCCACCUUACCAGACUUGAGUGUGUAAGGCCAAGUUUUUUAUGCAAAGAUAUUGCCGGGACCGAAAAACCAUGACGUAAACUUCCUGUUAGGAGUUCUUUUUGCAAACGCAAGUCAACGUAUAGAAUUAGAAUAUACAUUCUCUGUUCACCCAUAUACCAUAUAUGCUCCACAUUUAACAUAUAUCUGAAUGCGAACUGGGGAACCAGUCUUAACGAAUUACAGAUUGGGCGUUCUUAGUUCCGAACUAAUUUGCUUAUUUCAAAUCAUAUUUCAAGGGAUGCCUGUUUGCUUGUUUGAUUCGGUAGGCAGAUGGAUCGGUGUGCUCACAUUCCUGUAUGAUUAUAGAUGUAAUGGCAGAGGAGCCAUAAUGCACAUAUAUACAUUCCGUUGGAAAUGGACGCGUGCCAGUGCUUGGCUGAAUGAGGUAGAAUAUGUCCGAAGUAUUUCUGUGUCAACCGACUCCAAACCUCUGCCUCUUUCCUCCGAGGUAUAUAUAUGUAUAUACACACAUAUCCAUAUAUAUUAAAAGGAGGAGGCUCGUCGGAAAAUCGAGAUAUACUCGUGACGCGUAUAAACGAUCAUAAACUAGCCAUCCACCGACGUGGCCCCUUGUCACUCGUGUUUGCACGCGCCCUUGAAUGCGACCAUCGCUUUAAUUGGGAAGGAACUGAAAUUGUUGCCAUGGCAAACACCAAACAGUCCCGAUAAUUUCUCGAAGCCUGGCCCUGUAACAUGACAAGCAUCAAUCGCCAUGUCGAUCUGGACGCUUAUUACGAAGGUCUGCGUGGCCGGCUCAUUGAUUUGCGCCCACGGCCUAACAGCAGCCGCUAAUCCAUACUGGGCCAUGUAUAAUCGCACUAUUUCGCCACCCCCUACCCCAGACACAGCGAAUCGCAACUGCAAUCCCUAACACCCCUACGUUGGCUCACUGACCUCUGCCCGCAUGCCGGAUCGACGACCAUUAAGUCCACUGUCCGUAGUCACAUGGAAUCUUCAUUCCCCCUACCCUCCAACACAGGGAGUCGCAACAGUUCCCCCUUCCUUCCCCGUCAUAGACCCUAGCCUAAUUAUGUAUCCACCCUCCAAUUUCAUAAUUAGUUGUUUGCCUGUUAGUGUCUGCCGUGCCACGCCAACCAAUUUAGUCUGACCAUUUCACUUCCCCCUCUGUUCAUUUCGUCUGACGACGGGUUGGUGUCACCUGCUCGAAAAUUCGCGAGUACAACUCGAUUUUUUCCGACGAGCCUUCUAUCUUCAUAUAUAUAUGCAUGUCAAGUGGGCGUUUGACUCUCACUGUUGUGGUAAGGAUCUCGCUCGAUCCCAUUCUGUACGCCCGCCAGCUUGCUACUGGCGACAACGAACGCUGUGUCAUAGGACACAUACCACAUAUAAUACACUGGCAGCUCGUUAUUUCGCAGUAGUCGAUUGUCUUCGACUCCAAUGUUAAUUGAAAUUUCGGCUCUGACCCUAAAAACGUCACGUCCCGGAGACUCCAUUAACUGCACUGAGUAAUUUCAGAAACUAUUCACUUGGUUAUUCUCUGGAGUUCAUAUUCCAGAAAUCGCAUAGAGAACGCUGGGGGUCCCAGUGAAGAGCCGAACCCCUCGCAGCUGUGUCACACAGCGGCAGAAUAUCGGCGAAACACGUGUCUGGGCUUUUAGCAAGUAUCUACGUCGGGAGUACGGUAUAAUACCUCCGUCUGUGCCUGACGACGACUCGGGGAACCGGCGUCGAAAAUGUGCACAAUAAACUUCCUUUCCCAAAGCACACACAUAUAAAUAUAUAUAGGCAGAAUGGCAUUACCGACAAAGACAAGGGAGACUGUAAUGGCCAUUUCUAGCUUGUUAGCCGUCGUCAGCUAGUCAUACCCAACCUCGAAGUAUGGGACACCCGAGGCUCGAACUCGCGACCGUACUGUACUCCCGACAUAGGUACUAACUAAAAGCCCGGACACGUGUUUCGCCGAUAUUCUGCCGAUGCGUGACACAGCUGCGAGGGGUUCGGCUCUUCACUGGGACCCCCAGCGUUCUCUAUGCGAUUUCUGGUAUAUGAACUCCAGAGAAUAACCAAGUGAAUAGUUUCUGAAAUUACUCAGUGCAGUUAAUGGAGUCUCCGGGACGUGACGUUUUUAGGGUCAGAGCCGAAAUUUCAAUUAACAUUGGAGUCGAAGACAAUCGACUACUGCGAAAUAACCGCUUAAUGCCCAUUUUACAAACGAGUGGUACUAGAAGUAGUAUGAAGUGUAUGUAUCAAUGAUACUAUGCCGUACUCCCAACAUAGGAGUUCAUAUAACAGGAACCGCAUAGAGAACCCUGGGGGCCUCACUGAAGAGUUGAACCCCUCGCAGCUGUGUAACACAGCGGCAGAUUAUCGACAAAACAAGUGUCUGGGCUUUUAGUUAGUAUCUAUGUCUGGAGUACGGUACAGCAUCCUUGAUACAUAAACUUCAUACUACUUGUAGUGCUACUCGUUUGUAGAAUGGGUAUUAAGCGGUUAUUUCACAGUAGUCGAUUGUCUUCGACUCAAAUGUUCAUUGAAAUUUCGGUUCUGCUUUUUAAAAAAUCACGUUCCGAGAUCCAACUCCAUGUCCCUUAUUGAGUAAUUUCCGAAAUUAUUCACUUGAUAUAUAUAUAUAUAUAUAUGCAUAUAUACGUAAUGAUAGACGGGCGCGCAUCGAUUGCGUUACGGGACUCACUCGUCCGUUGUGGCUUAGUUAUUAGGGGCUGGACUUCUAAACAUUAGGUCAAGAGUUCAAGCCUCAGGAGUUGCGUAUCUCGGAGCCGGGCAUGGCUGUUUGAUGAGGCUAACAAGCCAGAAAUGACUAUUUCAGUCUUCCUUAUCUCUGACGGCGAUGUCAUUCGGCAUGCAUGUACAAAUGUGCUAAAGGGGCGUUCACCGGUCGUUUUUACGGAACCCACUCGUCCCGUUGUGCCUUACGGCUCUCUCACGAUCCCAACCAGCAGCCCCACAGCGGUGCAUGAUAUAGGCAGAAUGUUAUUAUCGACAAAGGCAAGGGAGACUGGAAUGGCCAUUUCUGGCUUAUCGGCCGUCGUGAGCCAGACGUAUCCAAUCCCAAAAUAUGGAACAUCUGGGCUCGAUCCCGCGAUCUGUUAGUUAGAAGUCCACGCUUUUAACCAAUGGGCCACGAGCCCGUUGCCCUGUCGGUUGAGAUCGGGAAUAUGCAAUGGUAGGGGGGCUCUCCGCUUCAAGAAUAUUGUCCUAUAUGUAUACAUAUGCAAUCGUAGAGGGGUGCGCACCGAAACUCACUCGUCCCACUCUGUUUCUUGGGGCUCAGUGUCGAGUGCCACCAGCAGCCACACAGCGGCUGGUAGUAUAGGCAGAAUAACAUUAGCAACAAAGAAAAGGGAGGUUUGUCUAUGUUAUAAACAUAUAGCCUCGAAAGAAGGACGCAAAUAUGAAAAUUACUGAAACAUCCAUAGACCUAGGGGUUGCCUCUGCUAUCGGUUACUCCCACUGACUGUCUAUUCCUGCUAACCAUUCGACCUGAUGUCGUCUUUUGUGGGCGAUUAAUAUGGACACGUCUCUUAGUCCGUCCCUUAUCUGUUUAGCUCGUUUACAGACAGACGUGAUCGAAGAGAGCAAGCCAUGGCCUGCCAAAGUAUUUCACCAGUUUCUGCAGUGUCGUCGAUGAAAAUGAAUUAAAGUAUGCAUACCCACGGGUAAAUAGUUUACCUCCUCUCUCAGUAGUUGGAACCCCCACUAACAUCGGAGAAUCUGAAGGACUCUGCCAUUCGGUUGUAAGCGAGAAGGGUCAGUCGUCAAAGUCUCGGGUUUUGAGUCCUGCAGUGCCCCGCUGCUGCUCUCCCGGCCUCGUAAAAUCAAGGGUAAGUUGGGUCUUGUAAAAUUACGGGACGAGACGGGGUAUGCGACUGGUUAAAAACAAGCAAGGGUGCUCAUUUACGCACGAAUACUUUGUGUUCAAUGUAAGCUAGAAUCGUUGGAGAGAGACCUUUAAUCAGCGCACUGAAUCGACUUUUGUAGAAUGCGUGAAUAAGGCUGAUUUUAUGUAGGCACAUGGGUUUAGGAUUGGCUUCUCCAUGUCUUGAGGGAACUGCUAUACCUCGCAAAGGAAGGCUUUUGAGUUUUGGCAAAUUAGGGAUGAAAAAACGGUGUUUACGUCCUUUUACUCGGAAAGGAAGGAUUCCGCUGUGCGUUUCGCGCUCCAGCUAAAACCCUUUCCCAUAAAAUCGAACCCAAUUAAGAGAUGAGAAAUAGCCUGAGGGUUGGUUUCGGGUAGCUGCCCGAACAUAUCCGCAAAAAGCACAAAAGCUUGCAGGUGGAAUCUUUUGGACAAUAUGCGUCUACUCAGAGAACUACAAAAGUUACCUCAGAGAGACGGAUGUUCAUUCUACUGACAUAGUUUGCCGGGACGAUUUUUUGUAAUUUGCACCCUGGUCAUGGUGAGAAGCGAAGAGGGAAGCAUAUCGAGGAGAAGACUUAAUGAAAGUCGUUUUUCACGAAUUAAUUCCGACUAACAAAACAAUGGACUGCAAUAUGUUCUUCAGAAUUCGUUUGAACGGUAACCCUUAGAUUGCGGUCUGUCAUCUCAAAGUUCUUUGCUUGAAGAUUCUCCGCACAGGCCUUCGUUCUUGGGUGUAGGUGAUUUACUUGUUUAUUUUACUGAAAUUUCUUAACAAAUGAGCGACCUUUAUUACUGACAUCCUGUAUUUUUGCAACAACUUGUGAGGCCUCUCGACUACCAGCUAGGGCAAGGACGUUGUAUUCCUUCCUAUAGUGAAUGUUUGUUAGUGAACGGCCCUUCCGGAUGUGUAGUCUUUAAUUGCUAUAACUUACUGCCGGUCUUCGAAAAUCAGUGCGUGUAUUUAAAUGAGACCCCUGUUUAAAAGUGAGGAGGUGAGACUUUCAAAUAAUAUGCCUUCACCAUGGGCUGUAUGACAUCUACUUUAGCGAAACGCAUAUGCAUAGCGCUCCUUCACUUAUGAAAAAUAUGACCCUUCUAUUUUUUAGGCAAGAAAUCCAAAAGAGAUUGGAUAAAUGCUCAUCGGCAGCGCUCCAUUUGACGGUAUGGCGAUAACCCACCCGCUAAAGCAGUCGAAACCCUCCAGUUGUAUCAAUGGUCUGGGGGAGGCAAAACCCUUCACAGCCAUCACCAGCAUCAAUGCCAAUCCCUUAAUUCACUUUGCCAGCACACAGACCGCAACCAGUGAGCGUUUUGGGAAUGGAUCCGCAAAGGCGCAGGAACACACCAAGGAGCCAGAAAUGGCCCAGCCUCUCUCAGGAGGUCCCACAAAGGUGCCUCUGGGUGCUAAUCCAGUUGGUGGACCUGAGAAGAGCGAGCAGUCGGUCGAACUUCGUGAGAAAUUACUGACAGCCCUUCAGGCCCUGAUUCCACACAAAUCCUCUCUCACUGUGCGUCUACUUGUAACUUAUGCUGUGGAUGACGGUGCAUCAGACGUGAUUGUGAUCGAUGAGACUCUUAAGCGUAAGAAUUCUACCCCAAAAUCUCCCACCCCCAAUUCCUGCGAACGAGAACGAAGUCCGAUCCGAUCACCAUCUACUGUCAAACAGCUGCCUAUCAAUGUGCUGGACUUGUCACAACGACAAAGCCCUGCUUCUCCCUCGAAAAAUUCCAGUACGACUCCACGUCUGGCGGCUCAAAUCCCAGCUGCGGAUCUGCUGAAUCAGACUGAUUUUUUAAACUUCGCCAGUGGCCUGUUGGGUGCUCAGAUGAACAAGCCCACCCGGCUGGCAGUGGAUCCCUCUCUGCUCGGCCUGCUUCCUUUUCUACAGGAGCGUGUUCAAAAUCAGAUCUCCAGUAGAAUGAACGGUGGCAAUUGCAAUAAUGGCAGUUCCGGUAUUAGUAAUAAUAAUGGUAAUCAAAACCCAACCACUGGCCUGGUUGCACAGCCAAACACACAACCUCCUACGACCCAUAGCACUUUAACACCUGCCCCACCACUUCCUCCGCCAUCAGUCAAUCCAGAUGCCCUAUUCAUGCUACAAACGCUACUCAGUACGACAAACCGUGUGGGAACAUCAGAGAGCCCUUUUAUACUGACUCAACCGCCUCAUGUUAGUAUGCCUCAGUCCACCAUAAUCACCACUGUUCCCUCGUUAACCACCGUGGGCCAUGAGUUCACAAUCAGUCUGCCUACCACCCCACCCAACAACGCCCGGCCAACCGUGGCAUCCUCCGGAACAGCUGGUCCUCUGGCAGCAGACGGCUUGUCGUCCCAAUGCUUAGUCUCCGAGUGUGCCACCACUAUCAGCGCGUCGUCCAGUUCAAACUUUCUGGCCUCCCGUCUCAACCCAGUCGACGUAACCGGAGGUGGCACGGGUUCAUUUCUGAGCCCCGAUACCGCCAUUGCCAACAGCAUAGAUAAUACUGACGUCAGUAUGGAUGUCCUCGGUGUCAAAUCAGUCUCCUCUGGUGGAAGUACUGGCAGCGGGGGCAGCCCGAAUGCACUCAAUCGUCGUUUCGUGCACCCGCGACGCUUUAUGUGCAAUCAGUGUCGUGAACACUUUCCCUCCUUGGCUGAACUGAACAGACAUACCCUGGAAUUGCAUAAUUCCUUCCGCUGCAAUGUUUGCAAAGCCAAAUUCACCCAACGUUCUAACCUGCAGCGACAUUCCCUCAAACACGUAGGAUUCAGACCAUUCUCUUGCAACAUAUGUAAGAAGGAGUACUACAGGAAGGACCACUUGGUUCGUCACAUUGAGGUCACACACCCAAAUGCGGACCCGCGAGCGAAUAUAACAGUUCUCUUAUCCUCAUCCGAGUGCCUGGACUUUCUCGACAAUCUCCAGAUCCAUCCGGAAGGUACCACGAUCCCAUUAUCUCUGUCAACAUCCGAAAAUCUAGCUAAAACUAGUCCUUCUGCAGAAAGCAUGGAGCCGCUGGAGGCCAGUUGUGAAGGCCUGUUAGAUGAAUCUUGCGAGGCCCUCAGUCCCGCGAUGUCAAGUCUCACCCCUGAGCAGAACGAUCAACACAUGAUUGAUCUGCAGCCGAAACAGGAUGAGGAAGCAAUGCAGCCCACCUUGAAAAUGUCGGACGACAAACCAGAGGCUUUUACAGACGAAGAGGUCUAA